AUGUCGCCCUACCAACUUGUUUAUGGGAAGUCAUAUCAUUUGCAUGCAGAUCUAGAGCAUAAAGCAAUAUGGGCGCUGAAGAAGUUGAAUUUGGAUUGGGGUGUCGCAUCGAGUCAAAGACUGAAUGACAUGGAUGAGCUUGAUGAGUUUCACCUAAAAGCAUAUAAAAGAUCAGCCUUGUACAAGGAGAAGAUAAAGAAGUACCAUGAUCAGAAGAUUGAAAAGCGUGAAUUUGUUGCCGGUGAUCUGGUGCUCUUAUUCAAGUCAAGGUUGCGCUUCUAUCCUGGCAAGCUCAAGUCCAAGUGGACCAUUCCAUUCAGAGUAACUCAAGUAUUACUAUAG